AUGGAGCUACAGGUGGAAAACCAAAGUCAGCUGUUCAACACCAACACCGUGAGGCUGCCGGCUAAACUCAUCCUGGGUAUGGGUGUAGAUAACUUUAUUUCUCUUCUGAUAUUCGGGCUGAUUUUCAUCCUCGGGGUGCUUGGGAACACCAUGGUCAUCACGGUGUUGGCGCGCAGUAAACCGGGUCAACCGAGGAGCACGACCAACAUCUUCAUCCUCAACCUGAGCGUGGCGGACCUCUCCUACCUCCUCUUCUGCGUCCCCUUCCAGUCCACCAUCUACAUGCUGCCCACAUGGGUGCUGGGAGCGUUCAUCUGCAAGUUCAUCCACUACUUCUUCACCGUGUCCAUGCUGGUCAGCAUUUUCACUCUGUCGGCCAUGUCCGUGGACCGGUACGUGGCCAUCGUGCACGCCAGGAGGUCCUCGUCGAUCCGGGUGGGGAAGCACGCCAUGCUCGGAGUGGUGCUGAUCUGGAUCCUGUCCCUGGUCAUGGCAGCUCCCGUGGCGCACUACCAGAGCAUCGUGGAGCGGGAGGACAACAACACUUUCUGCUGGGAGGUCUGGCCGGAUCACCAGAGGAAAGUCUACGUGAUGUGCACCUUUGUUUUCGGAUACCUGCUGCCUCUCACUCUGAUAUCUGUCUGCUAUGCAAAGGUUUUGAACCAUCUGCAUAAAAAGCUGAGGAACGUCUCCAAAAAAUCAGAGCUCUCCAAAAAGAAGACUGCUCAGACAGUCCUGGUGGUGGUGGUGGUCUUCUGUCUGUCCUGGCUGCCUCACCACAUCGUCCACCUGUGGGUGGAGUUCGGCUCCUUCCCCCUGAACCAGGCCUCCUUCGUGUUCAGGAUGGUGGCUCACUGCUUGGCCUACAGCAACUCCUCCGUCAACCCCGUCAUCUACGCCUUCCUGUCCGAGAACUUCAGGAACUCCUACAAGCAGGUGUUCUGGUGCCGGGCGCCCAGCGAGUGUCCCCUGAACGACACCAGAGACCUCCGCAGCAGGAUGGAGACGGCGCCGUCCACCAACAUCAGCGUGACAUACAAAGGUCACGACUCUCAGAUCAGUAAAAUGCUUUGA